GUGGGCUUUUUCCUAAAGUGCAUUGAGCUAUAUGACUAACAUCUAUUUCAAAUGCAUUGGAAGCAGCAAGUCUGCCAGAGAAUCUAUAGGAUUGGUAGAUAAUCAUGAUUUUAAAGAGCAUCCAGAAAAGAUUAGGUCGUAAAGGGAAAGGCUAUGUGAAUUCACUACAGGGGAGUCUACAUCAGCAUCUUUUUCUAAGAAGGUUAAAUUUGAGGCACUUGUUUCAGACAGAAGAGCUUUUAAAACAAGUCAAUAAUUAUGUCAACAAGUAACAUGGACCGGGUUGUAUUCACGCUUGAGGAAUGUUUCAUACUCAGGGACAGCGCGGCUCCCAUCAACCUCGUUUUAUAGAACCUCGGGGACCCUGCUGCUCCUCCUUGACGGAGCAUCCCACCACCAUCUCCAUCAGCACCACCCUCCCUCCUCAUCUCCUCGCGGAAGACGCCCAAGGGAUUGAGACGAGACCGCAAGGAGAAGAGUUAAACAGGAGGAAUCGAUCACCCGGCCUUUUAUCCCCGCCUCCUCCUCUUGCCUGCGGGGAUCGGGACCCGCAGACCGGGGGCCACCCCCGAAGCCCGGCCCGGCCCGGCGCGGCCAAGCGCCGCCUCCACGGCGGGAUGCAGCCGCCGCCACCGCCCCGCGGGUGCAGGAUGGAACAUGAGGCUACCCAGCUAGAAAAGCAGCACGUGCAUAGUGUGUAUGAAAAUACAGCCGCCUACUUUAAUGAUUUGCAGAGCAGAGCAUGGCCCCGUGUUCGAAACUUUCUGCUGGAGCAGAAGCCUGGCAGUCUCGUCGCUGAUAUAGGUUGUGGAACUGGAAAGUAUCUCAGUGUCAACAGUCAGGUGUAUAAUCUUGGCUGUGAUUACUGUGGACCAUUGGUAGAAAUUGCAAGGAAGAAAGAUGAAGAAGUUCUGGUGUGUGACAACCUUAACCUUCCCUUCAGGGACCAGUGCUUCAAUGCAGUCAUUUCCAUUGGAGUGAUCCAUCAUUUCUCAACUAAACAAAGAAGAAUCAAAGCAAUAAAGGAAAUGGCAAGGGUAUUGAUACCUGGAGGCCAAAUGAUGAUUUAUGUUUGGGCUAUGGAACAAAAGAAUCGUCGCUUUGAGAAACAAGAUGUAUUUGUUCCAUGGAACAAGGCCUUGUGCUCACGGCAUUUUUCAGAAUCAAAUCAAUCUGGAGAUAAGGGUGAGUUUGUGCAUGCUGUAAAAAGCCAAGAUACACAUCCUGCACAGCUAGUCAUCUCUGAUUGCAGCUAUCAAACCAGUCUCCAGCCAGAAACUGACUCAAAACAUUCCCACAACAUGGACCAUUGCUUGUCCAGAGCCUGCUGCAUGAAAAUUUCCGAAGAAGAAAACAGAUUUUACAGUGCUCUAGGAAGAUCUUUCCGCUCAUGGUUUUUCUCUACAUCCCUUGAUGAAUCAGCCCUGAGAAAGCAAACCGACAAAAUGAAGCCUCUGAAGAAUGAAGGAGAAUGGGCAAACAGUACUGUACCCGUUCAGCAUUCGCGACAUUGUAGUUUGGAUUUAGGUCACCAUGGGGCACUGUUAAAAGAACAAAGUUUAGAUGAUGAUGAUGUGUUUGUGGAAAGCCUGUCUCUCAAAAAACCGCAGUGGUCACCAGCCACAGAUGCACUGAAGGACUUAAGUUUAAAUGGAGGCCACCAAAGUGUUGCUGAGAGCAAGAGCGAAGAAACUUCAUGUAUAAAUGGCCCAGUGGAAGACAGGGACUACAGCUGCGGUUGUAAUAACGAUGGUGCUGGUAAGUCUAAUGCCAGCAAGUUUUUCAAAAGAACUUCAACAACUGACUCCACUGACUCUGCUUUGGAUUCAGCAGUGUCUGUUGGGGACCAAACUGAUGCCACGUUGGAUACAAAAGCCUUCAUGCGUUAUUAUCAUGUUUUUCGAGAAGGGGAGCUGUGCUCUCUGGUAGAAGAGAAUGUGCCUGAGCUUCAGAUACUUUCUUCCUGCUAUGACCAUGGAAACUGGUGCAUUAUUGCAGAAAAAAGAGGAACACAGCUGUAAAGAGAACAAAGCAGAAUCCAGUGACUGAGGAUUUUAAGCUGCUCCUUGUGUUUCUGUGAUUGUGCAGUGUGACAUGGAUUUUGAAUCUCAUGUAGUUGCCAUGUGCCAUUCAUUUCUGAGUUAUUAUCUCUCUACCUGUUUAACUAUCUAAUGCAAGAUGUGUAUAUAGCAAUGUAAGUGGUAAACAAUAUUUAUGUUUUGUUAAACUUUUAUGAAGUUAAAACUGGAGAGUUUUAUAUUGCUUUUCGCAAAUAAUUGUGGUUUUAAAUAUACUUUUCUAUUGAGAAAUAAAACCUUUUUAUAAGACAAGGAUCAGGGCAUCUUUUAUGAGAAGUAUCCUCUCAGUAGAAAGUUUAGGCUUUGUUCUUUAGACGCUGAAAAUGUGUCACAUUACUCCUUGUUCUUGAAGUCCUGUAAAUAGAGACACAGGUACGUUUGAAAACAUACUUGACUGUAUACUGCUAGAGUGCAUGCUGCAGAACUGGGAGCAAGCAUGGUCCCGGUGCUACUUAGCUUGGAGUAGAGUUGUUAAUGGGGAAAAAAAAAUGUACAAAACAAGCUCUGCACAUUCUGUCAUCUGAGGUUUGUAUAUGGGAGCAAAUGACAGAACAAAUUUUGAACAGUAUUUUGGACUUUUGUUUUAAAAAUAAUUUAAUUUCUCAGGUGCAACUUAGGCUUUAUGUGUUAGCUCUCACAAAUACUUUAUCUUAAUUUCCUUUGCUGUAGUUUUUCAUUGGUUAUGUGUAUAUAUAGAAGUCAAGAGGGAUUCGUGAGAGUAUCAGUAUUAUGUAAAGGUCACAAAAGAUCAAAUAUUUGAGAUAUAUAUAUCUUUUUGAUAAGCCUGGGAGGCUAAGAUAAAAUUAAUAAAAAUCCAGUGCAUAUUUGGUCAGCUGUCAUAUUUGCUCUCCUCAUUCACUGACAUGAGAAUGUAUAUUACAUGCUGUGUUAAAUAAGGUAGAUAGGAACAGGGUACAAGUCCAGUUUGUAUACAAAAUAGAAAUUCCUGUCUUCUGCAGUUUAAAUUAAUCUUUUGAGACCUAGAUUAUAAUAGAUGGCUUAAAAACUUUCUCAUUCCCUAUAAAACAUAAAUUUUGCUGAAAAUGGUGCCUCAUCAUCACCCAGUUUUACAGGAUUAUAGCAGUUGCCCUCACAGAGUUCUUUACACUCAAAUAAUCUCACCCCUUUCAGUGGAGGCUGAUGUGAAGUUGCAUGUGCUGUUGAUAAAGUGCACCUGGCUUCUGAAGAUCAGUAGUGAAGCUGUAAUUGAUACCAACAGAAGCAGGGCUAGAACAGGCUAAUUGCUUUGUUAGCAUAGAGUUACUUCAUUUCUAGGCUUUAUUUACAGUCAGUGGGUGUAGUGUAGGGCACAUCUUCAGUUGAUGUGAUUUCAUGAGCUUUAAUGGAGCUGCACAGAUUCACCUCAGAGAUCAACCCUUUUGCUACAGCACUUUUAGAGACCCACAUAAUGUCUGCCCUAUUAUUGAGCAAAUAACUGAAAACAAAGCAACAGGAGUGGAAUACCAAACUUUUCCAGUCUAUGCUGUGCAAGUAUAUGGAUUUGGGGUUGUUCAGUAGAAAGCCCUGAUGAUGUUAAGUAUUUUUAGAUGUAGUUGCCCAGGAGUAAUUGCCACAUGGAAAUGUAUUAUAGAUUUAUUUACUGGAGUGAUGCCUGUAGAACAAUCAUUUUUGUCUUCCUCAUAGUUUGGGAUCCUGGUACUUUAUCCUUCCUGGGUCUAUACCACUUGCACUUUCCACUGCCUUUUGCAAAUAAAAGUGUGGUCAAAGAACCAUGCAUCUGAGAUUUCUGAAAUAUUCAGCUCUAAAUAUAAAUUUCAAUACAGCCUGGGGCUGUGGUUCUCAGAUGCUGUGUCUGAGCCAUACUUCAGAAAACUGGCAAUAUUCCCUGCCUAUCUGGGUCCAGCUGCUCAUGACUGAGGGGGCUGCUCCUGCUGCCUCCUAAAGGUCCAGUUUUAGAAGCAGAGUGCAAAACCACCCAUGCUGGCGUAUUGCAGAGUCAGUGUGGAUCGUGCUGAGCUCCACACCUCAUCUGCAACGUGCUCAUGCACCUGCAACGUGCAGGUGAGGCCUGCCUCACUUGUUGGGAAUUCCUGGAGGAGCUUGAGGAUUUUAGAAGAAAACUCAGUUGCUUCCAGACAAGAUACGCCAGUGGAAUUGGCAUAUUGGCCAAUUCGCCAUAUAUUGUAUUGGCUGAUUGGCUAUACAGCUGCUGGAAUUUGGGCUGAAUUUAAGAAAGGUGUAGUUGAUUAUCAUCCUAUAUCCGAUAUUGAAAGUUCAUCCCUAAACUCCAGCAUGCAGAAACUGUGUUACACAUCUCUAGAAAUAUUUAUAAAAUGUUAUUUAUCUAAACUGACAGCUGGGUUUAGUUGAGUGGGAGAAGGAACACCAUUCUAUGAUUCUAUAAUUUUGUUACCUGUACUUCUGUAGUCUGUGGAAUAUUCAGAAUGUAGUCAAGGAAGCUGAUGAAAUUUGGGUUAAACCAAGAAAGGAAAGGUGUCCAUGUUCUUUACAAUAGAGGCUGAAUCUAUGUUUCAGGCUUCAGUGAAAACUUCCUGCUCUGUCAGCUAUAUGAAGAAGAGGUGUCACCUCAAAGCCACUGACGUACUUUAAACAGCUUUUUUCCUUGUAGACUUUCAAUGCAAUUUUUGGUUUGAGGUUCUUGACUGGGGAUGCUUUUCACCAUUGUUCAUUUCUGUAUUGGAUUUUCUCAUGUUUUGAGCUGAUGCCAUUAAGUUGUGUUACAUAGAAGUUUGGAUUGUAUUGUUAUAAAUUCCUUGGUGAAGGAAAGGGGAGGUUUGGUAAACUGGUUUUUUUCUCCCCCAAAUAUUCAGUUUUCCUCUUAGGAUGUAUAACCACUGUGUAACUUAAUUUUCAUAAACUGGGGAUCAGUCAGCUGAGGUCACAAAUGCGAGGUCUGCACAGCAAGCCUUUAUUCCCAUACACAGUCUCCCGUCUAUUUAUGGAGGCUGCGUAGGUCUGUAACAGCUUUAUCCUCUCAUAAGAAGCCAGCUUACCUCACUGAGAGCAUGGUAAUGUCUCUGUUGAUUGGUUUCAAUUUGAUGAGGCCCAUUUUAAGCAAAAUGUAAUUUCCAGAAGAAUCCAUGUGGUCCCAGUCUUUAAUAGCUUAUAGACAUAGUUAAUGUGCACAGAGAAGUGUGCAUAUCAUUGAAAAGUUUAUAGUAAAUGAAUGACUGAAUAAGAAAAUAAAACCCGGUUGUCCUUGCACGCUCAAACUCUCAGCACUGUCCUGACUGCAAGAUCUGACUGUUAGAAGGUAAAAGGCAAAUGCGUUCUUGUAUUUCUUGUCUGACAAGUGGGCAAUAUUCUCACUUCAGUUAUGCUGAUAACAAACCUGCUUCUGACUGCAGUGGGCUAGGAUUGCUGCUAAGCUGCUCAUCUAGGUUAAAGUGGCACAUAGAGAAAUCUUGAUUACACAAGAAAAAGAUGCCCUGUUUUUUACAAUUUAAUUUACUAGUAGCAUUGUCAGUCUGAACUGGUGAAACAAAAGCUGUUACCGUAUUACUCUCACACGCUGUAAUCCAAAUGGACAAUUGCAAUAAAAAACACACAACUGAAUGGACUUAUUCUUGAAGGACUAAUUCAA